CCCAGUGUAAGACAGAUGGGUCUCCAGUGAGUGUCUGAGACACAGAGACAUCAGACGAUGCGUUUGCCUCAUAUCUCCGAACCCUUAUAGUUGCACAGCUUUUGCCUUUGCGUUAUUAUUGCCAAAGCUGAUGUGUUUAAACGCGCACUGUAGAUUUAAAUCCAGACAUUUAUUCACUUUGAUAUUCCAGCAGAGCCACGCUACACCUGAUGUCGACAUAGGCGCGCGCUUACAAGUAUAAGCAUCUUAGAACUAGAGCCAUGGACACCGUCAUUCACUUUGUGAAUGACUCUGCAGAGUUUUAUAAAUGGAGCCUUACCAUAGCAGAUAAGCGCGUGGAAGAAUGGCCGAUGAUGGCAUCUCCGCUCCCGACCCUCGGGAUCAGCGUCCUCUACCUGCUCUUUCUUUGGGCCGGACCGCUUUAUAUGCGGAGCCGAGAGCCCUUUCAACUGAGAAAGACUCUUAUUGUGUAUAAUUUCAGCAUGGUGCUGCUUAACUUCUACAUUUGCAAAGAGCUGAUCCUAGGAUCCAGAGCGGCCGGAUACAGCUACCUCUGUCAGCCUGUCAACUACUCAAAUGAUGUUAAUGAAGUCAGGAUAGCGUCGGCCCUGUGGUGGUACUACAUCUCUAAAGGAGUGGAGUUUUUGGACACAGUGUUUUUCAUCAUGAGAAAGAAGUUUAAUCAGGUCAGCUUCCUGCACGUCUACCAUCACUGCACCAUGUUCAUCUUGUGGUGGAUCGGCAUUAAAUGGGUUCCUGGUGGACAGUCGUUUUUUGGCGCUACAAUAAACUCGGGCAUUCAUGUUCUGAUGUACGGUUACUACGGCCUGGCGGCGUUCGGUCCUAAGAUCCAGAAAUACUUGUGGUGGAAAAAGUAUCUAACCAUCAUUCAGAUGAUCCAGUUUCACGUCACCAUCAGUCACGCGGCUCAUUCCCUCUACACGGGCUGCCCGUUCCCGGCUUGGAUGCAGUGGGCUCUGAUUGGUUACGCCGUCACUUUCAUCAUCCUGUUUGCCAAUUUCUACUACCAGACUUACCGCCGCCAACCGCGCCUCAAACCGGCCAAAUCUGCCACCAAUGGCAUCUCCAAUGGCAUCAGUAAGACACCGGAGUUCGUCGAAAAUGGAAAGAAGCCAAAGAAAGAACGAGCAAAGAGCGAUUAAAAAGAAGGAUAGACUGUAAAGAGAGAACAGGGUGUAAAACUGCUCAUAUGCUCUCAAGAACUACAGACGUUUGGUAUUUGGCUAAAUCUGUGUUGUUAAUUGGUUUGUAAAAGCAUAUAAAGGAUGAGAUAUUUCACAAAAGAGACAUUUCUCUAAGCGAGAUAACUCAGAGAUUUAUUUACCAUCUGUGGAGCUGCAAGGGAUAUUAUGUUUGCAUCUGGUUUUACAACAGUUUAAAUAGUAAAUAUGCUUUUUCACAUACUGUACUGUCCACAGAAAUGUAGCUCACUCUCAUUAGUCUUGUUUAAUGCAUGCAGCUGAUGAAAGAUUAUUGCACGUCACAUGUUCCUCCUCACACAUCACGAAUCAGUCCACAACACCAAAACCCUAAACAACAAUAAUACGGUUUUGUGGAGACAGAAAGACACAAAGUUAUGAUCUGCUUAAACCUUGGGUUGUCGCAAAACAAGGUUUAAAAUUGAACUGAUGAUAGCUGCUGCAAACAAGCUAUUUCAAACGUUGCAGUAAAAUUGAAUAUACAGUAUGAACUUUCUACCAAAGACAAUCCUACAUAUGGUGAAUCUGGUUAACAACAUAUUUAAUUUCAUUUAUCAGAACCUGAGACAGCUGAUGAAAAUAAAAUGAAAGCUGUUUACUUGAGAAGCAUUGUUUCACAUGUUAAUUUGGACUUUUAAAUCAGACAUAUUAAACACAGACUUUCUGUGUCUUUAAUGUUUGUAAUGUCAUGUAUGUGUACUCUAUUGCUUUGUGCAUGUAGUUUUUUAAAAGGAUUAUAUAGAAAAAGUGCAAAGUUAUUUUGCAUUGCAGUUUAACAAAGUCAUUUUGCUUUUUAAAGUUCAAUUUUCUCAUGUUAAUAAAAGUCUGUAUUUGACAAAAUCUCAAUCAUUCAAAAUGUUAACAUAAGAAAACAACGGCCGUAUUAUUAUUAUCUACAAAAAUUAAUUCAGGUUAUGUUCAGUAGAUAUAUUUGUGAUUUGGUCACCAUGUGUGCAGCAAUUUCUAAAAAUGUUCAAUGUAAUUACGGAACUAAAGGAAAUAAACAUGAUGUCAACCUCC